AUGAUGAAGCUUACAUACUCCUACAUUUCUGGGUAUCAUAUAUGCUUAAUUUUCUUGCAAGUGAUAGCAUCAACUUCUGAGAAUCUGAUGGUGACUGCUCCCAUUGAACACUUGGUGGCUAGAGUGGGAGUCCAGGCUGAGCUCAGCUGCCAGGUGACCCCACCACGCAGUGUGGAGUAUAUGGAGGUGCGCUGGUUCAGGAGUGGCCAUUCCAAACCUGUUUACCUAUACAAAGGUAGCCAUGGAGCAAAUGGAGAAGCUGCACCUGAAUAUGUAAAUCGUAUAGAGUUUGUGAAAGAGGCCAUUGGGAAGGGAAAAGUGGCCCUGAGAAUUCAUAAUAUCAGCAUUUCUGAUGAUGGGCUUUACCAAUGUCUAUUUAAUGACAGUGCCUUCAGUUAUGUGGCCAGCACAAACCUUAGUGUGGCAGCAUUUGGAUUGAAGACGCAAAUCCAUGUUCAGAGUCCUGGUUUUGGAGGAAUCAUUGUAGAGUGCUUUACAGCAGGGUGGUUCCCACGUCCCCAAAUGGAGUGGAGAGACAGCAAAGGGGAAGUAGUUCCAUAUGAUUCAAUAUCACACUCACAGGAUGGAGAGAGAUUUUUCCACAUGAAGACGACUCUUCUCCUUAGAAACCAGUCUCAGGAAAGUAUCACAUGCUGUGUCCUUAACCCUCUAACAGGUGAAGAGAAGCAAACAAAUCUCAUCCUAGCAAGUAAUGAGAUAUAUAACAAAGACCAGCAAUUACAACUGCACAGUUACCAGCCUGCUUCUCUGACAGUAGCCUGUCUGCUCAGGCUGCAGCCUGAAUGUGCACCCAUAUGCGACCCAUAUUUCCAUAAAUUAGACAUAAUAGUAAUUGUCUUGCAAUUCCUGUGUUUCAUGAUCUUCUCUGUAAUAAUCCUUCAUAACUAUGUGCAAUUACGGAACAAAGUUUCUAUUUCAGAUCCCCUAUUUUCCUUAUAUAAUAGCUGGAUGGCAGAUAUGACACUGGUGGUAGUUUUUCUGGUGGUAAUUUUCACUGUUACAACCAUCAAGUUAUCAUGGACAUACAUAAGAAGUAAGUAA